AUGGAAUUAUUGUGGCUUUGGAUUCUUGGAUGGUUUGUUUCCAUUCUAACGGUGAUUGGCAAUGGGUUUGUCAUCCUUCUGGUCUACAGCAAACGACAUCUCAGAACCAAAACCAACGCUUUGAUUGUUUCUCUCGCAGUGGCGGACUUUCUUGUCGGCUUACACGUGAUUCUCUUGAUGUUUUCCUUAGAGGUAAUCGGUCCCAAUUACCCCAAAGUUUUAGAUAAAGGCUUGUAUAUCAUCUUACGGUUGAGGUGGCUUUUUCAGGAUGCAUCAAUUUUGUGUAUGUGCAGUCUAGUCCUGGAUCGCUACUUAGCUGUCGUGAAACCUCUAAAAUACUUGCGGUUUAUGACUUCAAGUCGCGUUAUCCAACUCAUUUCCUUCUCAUGGGGGGCCGCAGCAGCUUUCAUUUUG